UAUGCCAUGAAUUAUACACAAAAAGAUAAGGAAACACAAUCACUCUCACACAACGUAGAGCUCUAAAAUGAGCUUCCAAAUUCCCAAAGCUCUGCCUCUGCCUCCUCUCUCCCACUCUGCCUGCAAAAUUCCCUCUCUCUUCAUUACUUCUAAACUCAAACCAUCCCAUGAUGCCAAGCCCAAAAAGACUCUUGCAUGUAUCACCCAGAAGCCACUUCACGAGUUCUUUCUAAAGAAAUCAACUUUAGCAAUUCAAGUUGGAGCAAUUUUGGCCACUGUUGAUCAGCCAGCUUUGGCUGUAACUGGAGUGAACUACGUGGAAGAUCCUAUUACAGUUUUGAUACAAUUAGGAAUUGUGGCCUUCUUUUACUUCCUUAUCAUACCUCCGAUCAUCAUGAAUUGGCUUAGGAUAAGAUGGUACAAAAGAAAUUUAUUGGAGAUGUAUUUUCAGUUUAUGUUUGUCUUCAUAUUCUUUCCAGGCAUACUCCUUUGGGCACCCUUUUUGAACUUCAGAAAAUUCCCACGGGAUCCAUCUAUGAAGUAUCCUUGGUCUACACCACAGGAUCCUUCGAAAAUAAAAAAUGACUACUUGAAGUACCCAUUUGCCAAACCUGAGGACUAUACAGUAGAUUGAAGAAGCAUUGCUUGCUUCUAACAUAUAACAAAUCAGUAGGUGGAAUUGUUGGAACUUUCUCUAAUAGUGAGGAGUUGUUUUGUGUGAUCCACACAAUGGAGAUAGAUACCAUUGAAAGUGCAAUGUUUUUAAUGCAGAAAAAGUUAUAAACUUAUAAUCCAUGGCACAAGAUUCCAAGCA